CCGGGUGGACAGCGCCUGGGACGCUGCGGUCGGCUCCGCACACUUUGGGAUUGGGGUCGGGAACAGGAGUAGGGACUGGGUCUGGGGCCGUGGCCGUGGCCGUGGCCGUGGCCGCGGCCGCGGAUACUGCCCAUUCUCCACGGUCUAGAGGCACAUUUCCCCCGCAGCUCAGGGGAAUGCUCGCGGCGGGCGCAACAAGGAUCUGCGAAUGUCCCCUCUCGCUGGCCCCUUUUUCCUUCGCUGUCUGCUGUCCAUCUGUCCCGCCGUCUCUGUUACCUUCUUUCUUUCCUCCCGUCCACGACUAAUUUCUUUGUCCUGUCUGCGUCAGAAGGACGCCCCUUAGUCCGGGAUUAGUCCCAGCUCCGACAGGAGCAGAGGGUUUGAUCCAGCGCGGACGAAAUUCCGGGGGUCCGAAGUCUGGGCUGAGGCCGAGAAGUCCCCACGCAGGAGGGAGGCGGGAUCCAGCGGCAGGCUAGCCCCGACAGACUGGGAAUCCUCAGCGCAGUCUGUGACCAUCUGUGUGUCCGUUUGUCUGUCCCCCUCUAUCUACCCCGCCAAGUCCCUAUCCCCUUCUUGGCGCAGUGGAGCCUGGUGGGAUCCCGGAGACUGGUUCUCGACCCCUAAUUUACAGGCUGGGGCCAGUGGAGACUGAGAGAUGCCGGGACAUGCGCAGGGUCUUGCAGCGGGCAGCUCCGGCGCCCCCGACUCUCGUCACCGAAGGGCGCCCCGCUGCAGGCUGGGGGGACUUGGGUGGCUGCAGGUGCCCGUUUCCUGUCGAGGGGCAGCGCGCACGUGUCGCUAGGGGAGGGAAGGAGCGGCGUCCGUUCCGCCGAGUCACAGCGGCCGAGUCACGGUGGCUGACUCACCCGGGGCGCCCCUCCCUUCCUGGCCCGGAGCGGCCCGGGCCCGGACUACCUCGGGAGCGGGAGACGCCGCCGGCGGUGCCUCAAUCCCGGAACUGGGGUCACUGGGCCACCGGGCCCGCAGCGCUGGGCCGGGGACACCGCUGUCUGGACUUGCCUGGGCUUGUGGCACGCUUCCGGAGGCCUGGGCGCCAGGGCCCAGCCCCAAGGCUUGAACCCAGUUCUCCUCCCCAAUGCUGAAUCCCCAUCUCAAGCCCUUCCUCAGAUUUCUGGCUGAAAGAAAAUCUUGGCAGAAGUUCCACCUCGUGCCAAGCAUCAACGCUGUGAGUGGCAGCCAGGAGCUGCAAUGGAUGGUGCAACCUCACUUCCUGGGACCCAGCAGCUACCCCAGGCCUCUGGCCUACCCCCAGUACAGCCCCCCGCAGCCCCGGCCAGGAGUCAUCCGGGCCCUUGGGCCACCUCCAGGGGUUCGUCGACGGCCCAGUGAACAGAUCAGCCCGGAGGAGGAGGAGCGCCGUCGAGUGAGGCGCGAGCGGAAUAAGCUGGCCGCGGCCAAGUGCAGGAACCGGAGGAAGGAACUGACCGACUUCCUGCAGGCGGAGACUGACAAACUGGAGGACGAGAAAUCCGGUCUGCAGCGAGAGAUUGAGGAGCUGCAGAAGCAGAAGGAGCGCCUGGAGCUGGUGCUUGAAGCCCACCGCCCCAUCUGCAAAAUCCCGGAGAGGGCCACCGAGAGCGACACGGGCGGCCGGGGCGGUGCCAGCGGCACCAGCAGCCCGCCAGCUCCCUCCUGCCCUGUACCUUGUAUCUCUCUUUCCUCGGGGCCUGUGCUUGAACCCGAAGCAUUGCACACCCCCACGCUCAUGACCACACCCUCCCUGACUCCUUUCACCCCUAGUCCGGUCUUCACCUACCCCAGCACCCCUGAGCCCUGCGCCUCAGCCCAUCGCAGGAGUAGCAGCAGCAGCGGGGACCCAUCCUCUGACCCUCUCGGCUCCCCCACCCUCCUUGCCUUAUGAGGCACCCCAGCCCCCUACCGGCGGGUCCCACUCUAGCCAAUGUCUCCCCACCCAUUGGUCCAGCUGGUCUGGACCAUAUCCCACGCCCAUCCCCAGCAGGCUCUUCUCCAUCCCUCCAGAUGAGACUGAGCAUAUUUUGCUUCCCAGGAGAGUCAGCUUGGGGCCACCAAAGCUGCCCACUGUUUUUCCAGAGCUGGCUUCUCUAGCAUAAUUUGCACUAAAUCAGAGACAAAAUAUUUCCCAUUUGUGCGAGGGAACUCCUGGCGACCAAAAAGGACUUUGUAGAUCCCUAGAGGUCCUCUAGAGCCCUAAGCCCCUCCAGACCACACCUACAGUCUUCAUCACCCUCUUCCUGUGAUCCACCCAAUCCUACUCUGACAGAAGAUGAUACUCUACCAGCCUAGAACACUAACUCACCCAGCCCCACACUGCCAGCAGCACCAAGUGAUUGAACCAGGGCAUUCUGCUGGCCCCUCCUGAAUGGCAGGAGAGUGCCAGAGGCUUCUGUGAUGAGCUGACCUGCAGCCCCCCCCCCCCAGCUCUGAGAAGACUUUAGCUCCAGGGAAUCCAAGCCUCCACAACGAAGGCAGCUGCUAUUUAUUUUCCCACAGAGAGUAUUUUUAUACAAACCGGCCAAAAUGCAAUAAAAGGCUCGAAGUUCUGGCCUGGUCUCAUUGAACCCAGAGGCAAAAGGGAGAACAUUUGGAACCAGAAGCCCGAGGCUCCCGUCUCAGCUCUGUGGACUUACUGCAUGAGUUUGGACAAAUUAUUUGAUAUUUCUGGACCUCGGUUGUCUUAUCUGACAAAUGAGGUUACAUCUGCUCUGCCUCGUCUCUAAGACUGAGAGGAGGAAUAGAGUGCUGUUGGGUGCAAGCCAAAAGGAUUAUCAUCUUCCUCCUGAUGGGGGCCCACAGCGCUCCUGCAUGGGCCACAGGAGGGCGCUGUUAUGCCCCGUCCAGCCUCGGGGGAGGCCGCUGAGUGGGUUCUAGGCCCCCAACACCUGCUUCCUGCCCCAUUGUCUUGGACAGGAAGGAGCCGGGAAGGGAGCUGGAGCCACUUCAGGGGCCGGAUCACUGCCUGUCCCGAGCCUAAUGGGGGGAGCCAGGGGCUUACCACGGUCCCACAUCCCGCCCCAGGCUUGAGGUAGUGGGGGAGUCAGCCACCUUAGGUCUGCAGCCCCUCCGGAUGGGAAUGGUACCCUGUCUCAACGUCCCCGCCCUCGUCCCCACCCCGGCGAGUCCCAAACAGACGCUGCCCAGGCCACGGGCUCUGCUUCCGUUCCAGUUUAUUAGCCCCCACCCCGCCCCCAGCAAGUCCCUUCUUUCCAGCCUCCAGUCCCCCUGCUGCCCCACCAGCGAGAGCGAGGGGCCCUCCUUGGUGCCAGAGUUUCCAAAUCCAUGCCAGCGGCCCCUCGUGCGCAGGCGGGACGGCGUCCAGGUCCCGAGGUCCACCUCAGUCCCGGCGCUUGGGAAGCAGUCUGGUCGAGCGUCGACGUGAAGGAAGCUGAGCCCUCAGUCAUCUGGGGAGCAGGCCAGGGGCAAUUGAUCGGGACUGCCCACGCUGCCAGUGCUGGAGCUUCCAUCGCCCAGGUCGCGGGGCCCGCAGGGGGGCAAGGCGAGCUCGGGUGUCGGCCCGGCGCUUGAGCCCCCAGCGCCGCCGGGGCCGCCCCGGGGGCCCCACUCCUCGCCCAGAGCCAGGCAGAGCUCCUUAAGCGCCAGGUUCUCCCGCAGCAGCUCCUCCUGGCGGCCCUCCAGCUCGGCCAGCUUCUGCCAACAACCGCCCAAGUCCUCGCGCACGGCUCGGGAUGCUUGGGUCCCGAAGAGCUGCCACUGGCGCGCGGCUCGCCGGCCGCGCUGGCGCUCCGAGUCCAGGAAGCAGCAGAGGUCGCGCAGCUCACGGUUCUCGGCCUGUAAGCGCCGGUUGAGCUGCUUGAGCUCGCGGAUCUCGCCCAGGUGACCCUGCAGCUGCCGAUUCACCUCCUGCAUGAGGCGGCCGCGCUGCACCAGAGCCGCCAGGCGCGCCGCCUCCUCCCGCCGCAGGCGCCGCACCAGCUCUUCCUUGCCCAGCGCCGCCAUCUCCUCGUCCGUCAGCUCCUCCAGGCCGCCCGCCUCGGCCUCCAUGGCUGCUCAGGCCUCUGGAGCAUUGCCUGCCCGCCGCCGCGGCCCAGGAGCCCAAGUCGAGCUCUGCGCGCUCCGGGUCGGGCUCGGGCUCCGCGGGCGGCAGGCUGUGGCAGUAUAGCGUAGGCUGCAGCAGCCCCCGGGGGUGGGCACGCGGCGGGGCGCGCGCCGGGGCGGGGCCGUAUGACGCUAAGGAAGGACAGCCAAUCCAGGGAAGGCUCCCCGGAAAGGGGCGGGGCUUGAGCGCAGACUACAGAGAAAGAGAGAGCCACUUCCCCGCCCACUCCGGACCGCGGAGUUACGGACCGUCUUGGACGCUGUGUCCCAGCGCCACCACCCUCCGACAGGUGACCCCAAACUAGGCGCUUCGUACUUCCCAGUUCCAAACUUCCUCAAGCUCUCGCCUAGGCCUCUCAGCUCCUUCUGAGAACCAAGACUGCGGCGUCGGCCACUGACUCUCCUGCCCACCCCUCGACGGCACCCAGACGUAUCUCGUUACCAACUUUCCUAGCAUAGUUCAUACUCGAGAGUCUCGGCUCACUGAACAUCUCUCCCAGCUCUUUGGAGCCGAGUCCAGACGUGCGUGACUCAGCAUCAGCCUGCCCUUUCAUGGAAAUUUUCUUGCCCGGGGGGAGGCGCAUACAGGGAUUCAUUUGUUCAAUAAACUUUUAUUGUAUGCAAAGCUCAGGCAGAAAUAAACUUGACUAAGAUUCUGA